AUGGAUGCUCGCGUCGAGCUUCUCAUGUCGUCUGAUGCGGUUGCAGAGUGUCUUUACAAGAGGGUAGCAAAUUACUUCAGCAUUUGGCUGCCGAACGGUGAGGCACAUACAGAUAUCGUGUGGUACUAUCACAUGCCGCAGCUUGAGUGUAGUCAGAUGGCGAGUUAUGUUGCUUUCUACGAUGAAAAGGUCGAUGUAUGGAUUGAUGGCAAGACACAAGGAUGA